AUGGACUUUCAACAGGUGGAUACCAAAGAAAAGAACUCCGACAGGUUACCAUCCCCUUGUGCUCCGGCCUCUGAGAAAGAUGGAAAGGCUGGCUCGCAGGAUGUGCCAUUGUCCGACACUCAGGAACUUUCGCUGCUAGACGAUGAACACCUUAUUCUCCUUCUUCACAAGAUGGGCUACAAACACGCGGACUUGGAAGAUAUUCCGCCGGUUGUUCACUAUCUUGUAGCACGGAUAAAUGAAUUGACAAUAGAAAAGUCACUGACGAUAUUGAAAAAGUGUGCCGUUGACCACGCUGGUGAUCCGAAUAUCACGGAGGAGGAAGCUACCGACCUAGAGCGCUUUACUUCUGGCGACUUUGACCACACCGAUGAGACAGAAGUCUUUCAGUUGAAGCUACUUGCUGCAUUAUUCUACUACCACUCGCCCUAUCCCGAGGUUCGGGCGGUUGUGGGUCCCGGAGAUGAUCCCACUAUCCCAGUGGAAACGUUCCGCUGUUACUUCCUGACCACCACCAUUACUAUUAUUGGCUGUGGACUGACAACCUUUUUCCAAUCCCGUUAUCCGUUAAUCGAAUUCUCCUCGAUGGCGGCGCAGUUUUUGUUCUUCAUACUGGGAACGUUAUGGUCGAAAUUUAUGCCUGCAGUUAGGAUACCCAUAUUUCCAGGUUAUGGUUUCCAAUUGAAUUUGCAGACUUCUUGGUCCAAGAAGGAACAAAUGUUUGCCACGCUGCUGUACAGUAUUACUACAGGCGUCUUCUAUUCUUAUUUUAAUAUCUUGACGCAAGAUAUGUUUUAUAAUGAUCCCACAUCGUUAGGGUUCCAAAUAAUCCUAUCUCUAUCGCUACAGUUCAUGGGGUUCGGACUUGCGGGUCUUCUGAGGCCUUUCGUGGUUUUCCCCGCACGCGCACUUUGGCCAUUAUCUAUGCCCACAAUAGCUUUGAACAAUGCACUACUUGCCCAAGAUGUGGGAAAAGGUACUAGUAUCAGGAAAGUUUUCUUUUACUUUGGAAUUGGCAUGUUUAUCUACAACUGGUUCCCGACGGUUUUUGCUGAUGUGCUCAGCAACCUGAAUUGGCUAACCUGGAUUAAGCCAAAUAACUUCAAUCUCGCUGCCAUUACUGGGGGCAGGUACGGUAUUGCUACAAACCCAUUGCCUACCUUAGAUUGGAAUUAUAUCACACAUUGGGCAUUGGCGUUACCAUUUUAUACUGUUUUCUUGCAAUAUCUCGGGUCCUUACUUUCUGUUGUGAUUAUAAUAGCAGUUUACUACACUAACUACAUGGAAUGUCAGUAUUUGCCGAUAUUUGGUCAACCAUUGUAUAGUAACGAAGGAAAGUUUUUCGACGCCAGUAAAGUGCUUACUGAUUUUAAAUUAGACUGGCAAAAAUACCAACAGUAUUCACUGCCAUACUAUUCAGCUGGAAAUAUUGUUGGAUAUGGCUCGUUUAUUUCUCUAUACACGCUCCUUGCUGCAUACAGUAUUAUCACAGAGUAUGAAAUUCUAGGUGGCGCUUGCAAACGAUUGGGGGUUGGAUUGUGGUCUCUAACGAAGUUAGAUACUUGGAGGAAUCUUCACAAAAAUGACUCCUCUAUCCUUGAGGGUUACGACGAUGCACACUGCCGCGAAAUGCGCAAGUACCCGGAAGUUCCCGAAUGGUGGUUCUUUGCUAUCUUCCUUAUAUCUCUGGUAUUGGCGAUUAUAUUGGUUACUACAUACAAGACCAAUACACCUGUGUGGGGCAUCUUCUUGGCUGUUGGUCUCAAUGUUGCAUUCUUAUUACCACUAACAACUCUUCAAUCAACGACAGGUGCAAGUCUCGGUCUCAAUUUGCUCGUGCAGAUGAUAACAGGUUACUUGCUUCCCGGAAACCCUUACGCCCUCAUGAUCAUCAAAGCUUUUGGUUAUAACAUCGAUGGCCAAGCCGACAACUACUUAUCAAAUCUGAAAAUGGCUCACUAUUGCAAAAUACCUCCAGUGCCUCUAUUCCGCGGUCAAUUGUCCAUGGUGCUGCUGCAGGUCAUUGUCAGUCUUGCUGUUAUUAAUUGGCAGAUUCAUAAUGUCCCUGAUUUCUGUAAUCCAAAAAACAGAAGCGGCUUUAUUUGCCAAGGCCCCAGGACAUACUACAAUGCGUCUAUUGUAUGGGGAAUAAUUGGGCCAAAGAAGGUGUUCAGCUACUUAUACCCGAUGAUGAAAUGGUGUUGGCUAAUUGGUGCACUGUUAGGAGUGCUUUUCGGAGGCUGGUGCCGCUUGUCUAGGAAAUACAAACUCUAUUAUCCACGCAGCUUCAAUCCGGUGGUCUUUGUGACAGGUAUGAUUUCAUUGAUGCCUCCGUAUAACCUAAGAGUUUACACAUCCAAGCUUUAUGUGGCCUUUAUUGGCCAGUAUUGGCUCAGAAGGUAUCAUCUGCGAAUUUGGGAAAAAUACAACUAUGUGGUUGCUGCAGCCUUCAACUGUGGAGUUAUAUUUUCAGCUAUCACGAUAUUCUUUGCGAUACAAUAUCCAGAAAUAAGAUUAGACUGGAUUCUCAAUACGAUUAACGAUGUUGGUAUCGAUGCAACCCCUACACCUCUAAAAGAUGUCAAACUUACCGAAAGAGGUUAUUUUGGCCCACCCCGGGGGAGCCUUCCUUAG